CAAAUCGUAAAUUUUGGAAAAAUACUUCAAGAUUCCCGACAUCCAGCAAAUUUUAUGAAUUUUACUAAGUUUCAAAUUUGUGGAUUUCAACGAUUUUGAAGUCGGGCAAAAUCUUUGAUGUCAAAAAACGGAACCGAAGAGAUUCAACUUUUAUUUUGUCUUUGACGCAGUCAGUUUUGAAAUGUGGAUAGGAAAAAUAUGGUUUUAUUUUAUUUUAUUUUAUUUUUUAAUUUACUAAGGGGUUUAAGCUAAGCUGGAAAGAAUUUUAAACACGAUUCUAUCUUGUCUGAGGAUUCAACUUUAGAUCAAAACCGCGUUUUUGGAACGGGACAAACGAAGAAGCUUAUUCGCGGACAAAGAAAUAUAGGAGGAAACAGCUUGGUUAGGCGCAAAGAGAUCGUGGAGGGAUUUGUGUAGAUCGAUCGAAAGUCGGAUCAAGGAAGAAGAAGAUGAAACGGGUGUUCGGAGUGAAGAAAGAGAAGGAACCCCCUCCUUCAGUUCAAGAUGCUUCCGAUAGGAUUAAUAAAAGAGGUGAAACUGUGGAUGAGAAGAUUACAAGGCUUGAUGCUGAGCUUAGCAAAUACAAAGAACAGAUAAAGAGAACACGACCUGGUCCUGCUCAAGAAGCUGUUAAAGCUAGGGCCAUGAGGGUUCUCAAGCAAAAAAGGAUGUAUGAAGGACAGCGUGACAUGCUUUACAACCAAACAUUCAACCUUGACCAAGUUUCAUUUGCGGCUGAAGGAAUUAAAGAUGCUCAGCAAACUAUGACAGCUUUGAAAGCUGCAAACAAGGAGUUAAAAGGAAUGAUGAAGACUGUGAAGAUUGAAGAUAUAGAUAGCAUGCAAGAUGAGAUGAUGGACCUGAUGGAUGUAAGCUCAGAAAUUCAAGAAUCCCUUGGCAGAAGUUACAAUGUGCCAGAUGACAUUGAUGAGGAUGACCUCAUGGGCGAGCUUGAUGCCUUGGAAGCAGACAUGGGAAUGGAGACUGAGUCCACAGGAGUGCCUGCCUAUCUUCAACCUGAUAAGGAACCUGAUUUGGAUGCAGAACUUAGCUUGCCUUCAGCACCAACUGGACAUGGUGCAGUUCCACCCAGCAGACAAAAUGCCCGGCCUGAGGAUGAAUUGGGUUUACCAUCAGUGCCCCGAGCAUCACUUCGUGAUUAGGGAGGCUGCCAAUGGGAUGUAACUGAAACACGCAGAAAUCUAUUUUUAUGUCUUGUACAAAGGAGCAUUUGAUUGAUAUUUGAGAAUUGCCUGCCAUACCCAUCGUGCGGGGGUAAUAGUUCUAGGCAAUGUCAGACACAAUGUGUUGUUUUGUGGCCCAUUAUGAUCCGGAGGAAUUUUAGAGCUGUGUUUCAACAGUAUAGAUAAUAAGAAUAUUGGCGCUACAUGACCGUUCUCGUUA